GAUGCAUGUUAAGCGAACUGCACGACAGUCACCCCGGUAUCAGCGCGAUGAAGCGCACAGCGCGUGCAUAUUUUUGGUAUCCCUGAUUAGACAGGGACAUCGAACGGUUGGUUCAAAGUUGCCCUCAGUGUAUACAAUGUUGGCCCAUGCCUGCCGCAGAAGUUCCGUCUCCUUGGCCGACGAGCAACAAACCAUGGUACAGGUUGCACAUGGAUUUUGCGGGCCCCAUCAAUGGCUACCAAGUUUUUGUGUUGGUGGACGCCGAGACUAAAUGGAUUGAGGCCAUACCUUUGAAGACCGCCACGGCGGAGACCACCAUUCACGUACUUCAAGGUAUUUUCGCACGUUUUGGCCUCCCGUACUGCUUAGUAUCGGAUAACGGACCACAGUUUUCAAGUGCCACCAUGUCGAGUUUCUUGCAGGAAAGCCACGUGAAACACGUGAGAACAGCCCCAUACUAUCCGCAGUCAAAUGGGUUGGCGGAACGGGCCGUGCGGACCAUAAAGGAAGGGCUUCGAAAGAAUCCGACAGGUACGUUGCAAGAACGACUGAUGAAGUUCUUAUUACGUUACAGAACGACCCCUUUGGAAGGAGGAAAAUCGCCAGCAGAACUGCUGUUGGGCUUUCGUCCCCGAACCAGGCUGACGGCUUCGCUCACAGACAAAAAGGUGGCCGAAAAUGAUGGUUCUGGCGAACCUGUGCAAGCACAAGCAAAAGCCCAAACGCGGUUCCCACCAGGAAGGCGUGUAUGGUCGCGCCAGUACCAGUCUGGUCAGAGAUGGAUGCCGGCGACAGUAGUGUCCACGACCGGAGCACGCAUGGUUACACUAGAAACACCGGAGGGACCGCAGCGGCGCCACGUAGAUCAACUCCGGCCACGGCUCGACUCAGGGUCAUCACCUAGCAAGCCCAUCCAAGUCAACGACGAAGCUCAGUGUACUUCCAAGGAGGCAGACGCUCGUGAAGAUACGGGCGUACGAGAAGUCAACUCUCAAGCCGAAGACCAACAACCACUACGGCGUUCGACUCGCCAGUGGAAACGACCGGAUCGUCUCGCUUACUCUAGCUUAGGGGGGAGGGAUGCAGUGUCAUCAAGCACGCGUACUGAUGUAUAACAAGAGCAGUACUAUUUGCACGUGUCGUACUCUUGCUUAUCAGGACUAGCCAUGUGACC